UCGCUGGACUAUAGUAACCUAACCCAAAAAUGAGAAAGGGCAAGCAACAAAAUAUAUUAUCCUCUGCAAAAGAUAGUGAUAGAUGUGAUAACAUCAAUGAUUCUGAGAAGAAGAUCCUGCGUAAGGAAAUCGAACGGAAAAGAAGACAAGAAAUGUCCAUGCUUAACGCAUCCCUUCGAUCUUUGCUCCCUCUGGAAUCUAUCAAGGGAAAACGUUCAGCGAGUGAUCAUAUAAAUGAGGCAGUGAAUUAUAUUAAGAACCUGGAGAAGAAAAUCCAAGGCUUGAGUUUGAAGAGAGAUAGUCUUAAAAAUUCUACCUUUCCAGAGACUCUUGAAUAUGGAAAUGCAACUUCUAGUAACCACUUAACAAAUAGCAGUGUCACCGUAAGCCCUUACUGCGGGGGAGUGGAGAUUGUGAUAAAUAGUGUCCUUGGAGAGGAAGGCUUGCUUCUUUCAAGAGUUCUUGAAGCAGUGCUUGAAGAAGGACUUGAUAUUACUCGCUGUGUUUCCACCCAAACAGAUGAUGGCUUCUUUCAUAAUAUUCAGUCAGAGGUUGAAGAUCUGACACGUAUUGAUCUAUGUGAGCUGCAACAGAAACUUAAUGAUGUGAUUGUUUCAACUAGCUAG